AUGGAGACGUUAACAUUCCGAGAAGCCAAUAGUCGGUUCAAAGCGGCCAAUGAACGUUUAGACGCCAUUCUGAAUUCAUUACACCUUGAUCGCAAAGCGCUCAAGGCGUGGCACCAGGAACGAGCAUCCAAACGCGUGUGUCCUAUCAAUCCUCGUCAUCGCGUCCCUGCUCCCAGUUUCGAAUCCCAUUGCCGCUCAUGUUUAAGCAAACAGCGUGGGUUUUACGACCGGAGUCAAGAUAAACCGUUACCGGCAACUGGCACCGUACCUUCCGAUGAUGAUAAUUCACCCAAUAACCGACAUCAGCGGGUACAACUAUACCAAGCUAUUGUACGUUCAAGCCAGCAAGUGCGCGCCCAGAAAAAUAUGGCUGUCCCCGCGGUUACUGACAAUCAGUUCUCGGAAAUUGUGGAAAAAGCAAAGAACAUGCGAAAAGACGGCUCGCCCGGUCCCUCGUCCUUUGGAAAUCAGCAGAAAGCGGAAGAACGAGAUUAUCGGCGGCGGAGGAAGCAAUAUCGCGCAAAAAUGCAACGUCAACUGGUGCAAGCGUAUAUGGAAGAUUUCAAGUUGUGGCAAGAUUAUAUCACAUAUCAACAAGCGUCCUCAUCUUUGCAAAGAUAA